AGGUCCCCCUUCUGCUCUCCUCAAGAUGUCUGUCUGGCUGGCUGCAGGUCCCCUUCUGCUCUCCUCAAGAUGUCUGUCUGCUGUCUGGCUGGCUGCAGGUCCCCUUCUGCUCUCCUCAAGAUGUCUGUCUGGCUGGUUGCAGGUCCCCUUCCGCUCUCCUCAAGAUGUCUGUCUGGCUGGCUGCAGGUCCCCUUCUGCUCUCCUCAAGAUGUCUGUCUGCUGUCUGGCUGGCUGCAGGUCCCCUUCUGCUUUCCUCAAGAUGUCUGUCUGCUGUCUGGCUGCAGGUCCCCUUCUGCUCUCCUCAAGAUGUCUGUCUGGCUGGCUGCAGGUCCCCUUCUGCUCUCCUCAAGAUGUCUGUCUGGCUGGCUGCAGGUCCCCUUCUGCUCUCCUCAAGAUGUCUGUCUGCUGUCUGGCUGGCUGCAGGUCCCCUUCUGCUCUCCUCAAGAUGUCUGUCUGGCUGGUUGCAGGUCCCCUUCCGCUCUCCUCAAGAUGUCUGUCUGGCUGGCUGCAGGUCCCCUUCUGCUCUCCUCAAGAUGUCUGUCUGCUGUCUGGCUGGCUGCAGGUCCCCUUCUGCUUUCCUCAAGAUGUCUGUCUGCUGUCUGGCUGCAGGUCCCCUUCUGCUCUCCUCAAGAUGUCUGUCUGGCUGGCUGCAGGUCCCCUUCUGCUCUCCUCAAGAUGUCUGUCUGGCUGGCUGCAGGUCCCCUUCUGCUCUCCUCAAGAUGUCUGUCUGCUGUCUGGCUGCAGGUCCCCUUCCGCUCUCCUCAAGAUGUCUGUCUGCUGUCUGGCUGCAGGUCCCCUUCUGCUCUCCUCAAGAUGUCUGCCUGUCUGCUGUCUGGCUGCAGGUCCCCUUCUGCUCUCCUCAAGAUGUCUGUCUGCUGGCUGGCUGGCUACAGGUCCCCUUCCGCUCUUCUCAAGAUGUCUGUCUGCUGGCUGGCUGCUCGAUCAAUGUCCUCUUCCUCUGUUCCUUGAGAUGGUAUAAGCAACCGUAUUCAGUCUGAACAUUAAACUGUUGAAAGGACUACACAACUAAAAAGUAUUUUUGAAGGAAGUUCUGUUUUAAAAUAUAUUCAGAG